CAGAGAUGAGAUUCGGUGCUAUGACUGUGAUUCAGUCCCAUACACGCAGACCCGACUCAUUAGUGAUCUUGGUUUAAAGCUUUAUUUUAUUUUAUUCAAUUAAAAUUAUUUAAAAUAUCCAGAAAUAUAUGUUACGAUUAUAAUAUAUAACUCAUGAGUAAUGUUUUUUUACGUUACUGCUAAACUAAGAUAAGCUAAGCUAAACUAACAGGAGCAGAAAUGCACCGCAGGCCGAACCCGGAUUAUCACCGGGCUCCUGUCCCCCCUCCCCGGUAUGGACCUUCAGCCGCUUCCGCGGCCGGUCCUCCGUUUCCAGGCCCGUUUAACAGACCGAAUUUCCCUCCGCAUUUCCCGAACCCCGUGUGUUACCCCAGAUCGAUUCCCCCUCCGGGAUUUCAGAGCUUCAGCACCGAGCCGCAUUACCAGGCAACAGCUCCUCCAGCACAGUUUCCUGCAGGAUGGACACUUCACCAGGAUGAUCUGCAGAGUCUGGAGGUGAAGAAGAAAGCUGAAGAAUUCCUGCGCAUCCUGGAAGCUAAAGAUCGGCUCAAACCUUCCAGCGAAUCAGGAGACAAAGGCUCGAGACGCUCGAGCGCAGACGGCGAAGCCGAGAGACGCAGCGCAGAGAAGCACUCGAGAGGGCGGAGCCGGAGUAAGAGCAGGAGCCGGAGUCGAGGGAGGAGCCGGGGGAAGAGCCGAGCUCGCAGUCGAGGAAGGAGCCGAGCUCGGAGCAGGAGCAGGAGUCGGGGGAAAAGCCGCUCUUCCAGAGCGAAGAGCCGGCCUCGGAGUCACAGUCGCAGUCGCAGUCGCAGCCGGGGGAGGAGCUUAGCGAGGAGUAAAAGCCAGCCUCGGCUCCAUAAAGACUCUCAGCACAGCGUUAAAGAGGCAGCGGCUCCGUCCGUUAGCACCAGAGUACCGGACCUCUUCCAGAACCUCAAACAGGUUCUUCAGAGCAAAGAGCUGGAGAAACACCUCACUAUGGUGAAAAACACCUUCGUGACCAGCCAGACCCAGGAAGACACGAGAAUAAAGCCGGAACCUCAGCCUGCACCUUCACAGAAUCUUCCAGAUCAUCCGAGGAAGUCGUGUGAACCCGAACAAGCCGUCGACUUUUACCCGAACUCCGUACUUCCUCACGAGCGAGUGGGCGGAGGCGACAGCGCGUUACCUCGAAUCUUAUCGUGGAACGAUCCGGGACAAAAACCGGACGCGUUCCCGAAUAGAUGCGUCUUCCACAGCAUCGAAGACGAGGAGGCGUUUCUCUACGGAGACGAAGACGGGAGGAAGAAACCCCAAGCCGUCACUGUCCCCCUCGCCCAAUCUAGACCUGCCGAAAAUCAGAUCUCGUCUCCCUAUCUCUCCAAACCGCCCAUCCUCCAGGAGCCCAAAGGCCAGGCUGUGACCUCCAGGCGACCCCUGACACCGGACGUGUCCGCGGAGGAGCGUGAGAGGGUGAAGAACCUGCUAAAGACCAUCGGGCUGAACCUGAGCCAGGCCGACAUCAGCAAGAUGGCCACCAGACUGAAGCAGAAGCAGGAGGAGCAAAGAGGAGCGAGCUCGAACACGGCUCUCCGAGCGACGCUGGAGACACUGCUGAACCGCGGGAAAGUGCAGAAGUCUGAUGACAGUCGGAGUAAUCGGUCUGACAGCAGUCAGUCACACAGAGACACCGAGCACAGAGACAAGAGCGACGAGAGGGAGAAGGAGCGGAGAGAGAAGCAGAUCCAGAAGAAGAGGAAGGAGUACCUGGUGAAGGAGCUGGAGGGACUGCUCAAGCACGAAGGUUCGGGCGAUCUGAUCCCCGUGAUCGGCUUCUUCUGUCAGCGCUGUGAGGAGUUUUUCGGGGACCUGAGCAGCGCAGAGGGACACAAACACACCGACGCACACCAGGAUCAGCAGAUUAAAGACAGUAAGAGGCAGCGAGAGCACAAGCCCGCGGAGUGCCGAGACCGAGACGAGCGGAGCGCCGAGAGGAAACGACCGAGAGAAGACACGAGCCCUCGCAGGACCGAGGACAAGUCCAGAGUCCGGGAGACGAAACCCAGGAAAGAGGAUGACGCCCAGUCGAGUAACACCGCCAAGAAGAAAAAGAAGAAAGACAAGAAGAAAAAGAAGGAGAAAAAGAAAGAGAAGAAGAAAAAGAACAAGGCUGGGGAAAAUUAGUGGGCACUGAUGUCACGUGCGGGGCGAUACGACCGAAAUAUCAAAUCGUAUAUAUAUACGUAUAAUGGUUAAUGGUCUGCACUUCUAUAGCGCUUUUAUCCAAAGCGCUAUACACUGUGUCUCAUUCACACACUCACACACACCAAUGGGAGCAGAGCUGCCAUGCAAGGCGUUAACUUGCCCUCGGGAGCAACUUGGGGUUCAGUGUCUUGCCCAAGGACACUUCGGCAUGUGGAGUCACGUGGGCCGGGACUCGAACCCCCAACCCUACGAUUAGUGGACAACCCGCUCUACCACCUGAUCCACGGUCGCCCACGUAUAUAUAUUUGAUCUUGCAAAAUGGUGCCAAAACUUAUUUUCUUUGAAAAACAAUCGGCUUCUCAUUACUGUAAAGUGUCUUUCGUGUGUUACACACAACACCACCGACUCUCCAGUACGUCUGUAUCGUAACAACAUAUCACAGUAUUGAUACCGUAGCAGCAUAUCGCCCCCUGCUGGCCGUCUGAGUUUAAACCUCUUUUACUGACUCGGAAUAAACGGUUGGUGCUGGUUAAAGAGGAGAACUGUUAAAGGAAAAGUUCAGCCAGAAAUGAAAUCCACCUUAACGUCAUACGUAGCAUUAGAUUCGUCCUGAAGCUACGAGGCUAAUUUUGCUAGCAGGUAACAGGACAUUAUGGACUCCAGUUUAGCCAAGAAACAGUAAAAAUGUGCAUCGAAUGGGACUUUUGAUCUACAGUUUGGGUUAAAAUAACUUUUUGGCUGAAAUGUUCCGUUGUGUUAAAUUUUAAAAAGGACUUUGCUGGAUUGUUGGUUUCUGCGUGUACAUUUAGCUUUUUAUUUUUCAAAAUACAACAUUUUUCAUGUUA